AUGGCCUUAAAUUCGGAUGCAGAUGCAGCCGUUGUUCUUGAAGGACAUUCACCUGAUCUUAGUGAUCUCUGCUCGAAACAUAAAUGGUCUGCCGUUCAAAUGUUCCAUUACCUAUUUGACGCAGAUUUCGUCGGACUAAUCACCACAGAGACAAAUAAGUACGCACUGCUGAAAGGAGAUACAAGAUUCCGUGUGACCGUACCGGAAAUGUAUAAUUUUCUAGGAAUUGUGCUCGUUUCUGGAUACGUAAAAGUACCAAGUAAGCGGUUCUACUGGGAAGCAAAAGAAGAUACGUACAAUAUGCUGAUUGCCAACGCUAUGCCAAGGAAUAAAUUUGAGCAAACUAUGAAAUAUCUGCAGUUCAACAACAAUUUACUUAAUCAUGGGUCCGACAAAUUGUUCAAGGUUCGUCCUUUGAUUGAACAUGCGAAUGACAAGUUUCUGAAAGUGGGACAGCCUUUGGGAAAACAUUUCUCUAUCGACGAAGCUAUGGAGCCUUACUACGGCAGGAACUCUAUGAAACAAUUCAGUUUGGUGCCUUUGUACUCAUGA